GCAGUUUGUCAUCUCGCCCAUACGGAAGCUGAUUUAAAGCUGCUUUGAUCUUACCGAAACGUAUAGAAGGUGUGAAGAGAAGAAUCCUCAUAUAUAUAUUUCUCGCACGUCCAUAGAAUACGCAGGCAAUGAGUGGCGCGUGCUUUUGCAAGGCCAUCUCACCUACACCGACACUUUCCGCCCAUUCAAUUUAGCUGACGUGACAGUCGACAAACGAGCAGCAUUUUGUUUCUUUCCCGUGUGGUUUCUCGCAAUGUCACAGGUGCCGACAAGCACUUCACUACGGCCACCCAAAGCUGCGCUGGGAAAUGAGAGGCGCAUUUCAACAGCAUAUGAAACGGCAAGCUGCAGCAGCCUCAAUCGGCUGCGUCGACUGCGUGAUCGGCAGGUGCGACAGUUUCCUCUUCUGUGCAACCACCUAAGACGGGUGCAUGAGGAGUGUGAGGAGAUGAAACAGGAGCUGGCGACGGUGCGCCAGCAGAGGGACGCCUUCCAGCAAGAAACCUGCACCCUGCGGACUCUCGUCAAGUUAACGGACCACCCAGAGCUAGCGGCGGCCGCGGCCAGCGAGGCGGCAACACAGAGUCUGCGUGAAGAAGUGAGGCAACUGCGACGGCGCGUGCGCCAGCUGGAGCAGGAAAAAGUCCAAUGUUUGCUUCAAUCAGAGGAGAUGUGCGAAGCGGCAGAGUUUUACAAGCAGCUUGCAGAGCAACCGGUAGCGGAGAGCUUUCCCAUUCAGCCGCGCACCUCUCUAGCAGCCCUGUCGUUCAUUGAAGGUUCCUCGCCGGACAAGACAUCUGCAACCUGCGCCAAGAGGAACACGCCGUUGACUGACGGUGAUGCUGACGAUAUGGAGGCGAAACUAAGUUGUCGCCUUAACACCGUUCCGGAGAGCGCGCGUCUUCCCUCCUGUUUCGUGGAAGAAAAGGUGAAGCCGCUGCAUGCCGCUACGGCUGUUAAGGAGGCGAGUCGAGUUGUACGACCUCCAUGUACGGUGGACGACGGAAGGAAUGGUAGCGCAGGGGAUGCAGAGCAACGGUUGCGUUUCGAGGGCACCAUUGCAGCACCUCCGCCAGCGUCAGCACCGCCACCAGACAACGCUUUCACAUUCGCUAAUGAGACGCCUCGCGUGCUGCGAUUCACGGAAAUUCUUCGAGGCCAAAAUCGAAUGCUUACGAAACGCGUGGAGGAGUUGGCGCAGCGAAAUGUGGCGUACGCGAAAGAGGUGGCUGCGUUGAAGCUGUCGCGCUGCCAGCUCCGUGGAGGAGGCGUCUUGAAGGAGUAG